AUGUUUCGUCCGGCAGCGCGGGAAGUGGUCAAACUUCCCACUCGGUACUUCUCGUGCAAAUCCGAGCCAACAAGAGCGGUAACUGCCACAAAGAAAGCUUCACGAGAAGAAAUUGCUGGUCUUAUUCCAGCCUUUCCAGAAAUCUAUCCGGACUUUCUGCAGUCGCCCGUCUGGAACCGUCGGAAUGCAUUGAAAGAAGAACUUGAACGACAAGAUAUGUUGGAGAGGAGAAUGAAUAUUGAUAUUCCAGAGUUUUAUGUCGGCUCAAUCGUCGCUGUCACUUCAUCAGAUAAAAACUUGGGAUCCAAAGAACAUCGUUUUGUCGGAAUCUGUAUUCGUCGUGAAAAGGAAGGACUUCUCCAUCAAUUUACUCUCAGAAAUACCAUCGAGAAUAUUGGAGUGGAAGUGCUCUACGAUUUGUACAACCCGACCAUCAAAAAGAUCGAAACGCUCAAAUUAGAAAAACGAUUGGACAGUGACUUGAGUUAUCUGGUGGACGCACUUCCAGAAUAUUCUACUUUCGAUUUUCAUAUGGAACCACAGGCACACCCAGCUGGUACUCCGAUUCCAGUUAAUGAAUGCAAAGUAAAACUGAAGAAUCCUCCAUGGACCCGUCGUUGGGAAAUCUCGAGUUAUCGAGGAAUCGAUGACACGUGGACUCAAGCAACACCAUGGUACAAGAGGAAACUUCACAAGACAUUGGUCAACGAUUACGAGAAAUAUGAUUUGAUUGCUAACUAUAGAACUUCAUCCACGAAAGAACAAGAGGUGUUCGUUCAGACACAAAUGCAAAAGUUCGAGAAGGAACGACACGCUGCCGGUUUGACGCGUCGUCGAAUUCUGAAGAGCGCUGCUUCUUACAAAUAA